AUGUUCGUGCUCCGGCGCGGUGUGCUGCAGUACUACAAGGUGGACCCCUCGCUGGACGUGCGCGGCCUGGCGGAGGAGCUGGGCGGAGCCGGAGGGGUCAGGGUGAUCGGCCCGGACCUUGUCAGUCUGCAGCGGGGCGGCGGCAGCGCGACGCCCUCGGGCCAGGCGAACCAUCCGCAGGGGGAGGUGCACCUGCAGGUCGCGCAAGUCCGAGAGUCGCGGCGCGGGGACGGGAAGAGGUUCUCGAUUCACAGCGGCACGAGGAAGAUUAAGUGCAGGGCGGAGUCAGAGGCAGACAGGGAUGCGUGGUUGUCAACUAUCAUGCAAUCGAAGGAACGGUGGUCAAGUACUGAUGGAAGUUACCUCUUCUCUGUGGAGCACACUGGUGACUCACCCAGCAGCAGUGGGCAGACUUCAAGAUCGUUCGAGGACGCAACACUGCCAGCAGUGCGGCAGCACCUUGAGGGCGGCCGCAUGACGCCCGAGCUCGUGGAGGAGGUGCUCAUGGAGCAGCACAAGUUCUAUGUGAACUAUAUGCGCAAGGAGGGGGAGAACAAGCGCAGGCUACUGUCCUAUGUCAAGGCCCUGGAGGUGCAGGGUCUCCUGCCGACCUCGCCUUUAUAUGGCAACAUCGCAUAA